ACCUGGGGACCUCAUGAGAUCCCAGCGCUGGCUGCAAGGUCCUGGUUGCACGCCCAAGCCCAGAUGCAGAGCAAGCGGUAAACAUUAGCUUCUGGUCUUUAAAACCAGCGGAGUUUCCACCCUUUGUGAGGGGAAGUGCCUGGCAGGAGCUGUGCUGGAUGCAUCGGCCACAUCCCGUGCAUGUGCAGGCGGUGGAUGCACCGCGAUGGUCUGGUGGCAGCUGAAGGCUGUGCCUGGGGCAGGGACACCCAGAACUGCUGCAGAAAAGAUCAAGUCUCGCUCCAUCCUCGGCUGCUCACCCCCACUUCUGCAGUGAGAUCACGAACGUGCCCGCUUGUGGGGUUGCCCCACAGCACAUGCUUUAACUCUGGAGGGUCCACGUGAAGCUCCCAGGUGGGGGGUGGCCCAAGAAAGGCUCUCAAGCCCGACAGCAAACAGCCCGGCAUGGCGGCGGUGCCGGCAGAGGCUGCCCCUUGCCGAUGUGGGGGUGCUGGUGGUGGGGUGGGGGCCAGGCCAGGCUGCCAGCGGGGCGGGCUGACUCUGGCUGGGACCCCUCUGCGCAGGUCUGUCCCCCCCUCAGGACUAUGCUGAACAUGCUGCUGCUGUGCUGCGGGCUGCUGCAAGGCAUCCAGGCCGUCCUCACCACCGACCUCAGCUGCGGCCACCUGCAGAAGGGGAGCGGGGGGCUGGAGGGGGCCGACAGAGCCCGCUACUCCAGCCUGCUACGGAAAGUCAAGGAGGUGUCUGCGGAGCCAGCGGGAGCUCUCCCCAGGCUGGGGUUUGAGCAGAUGGCCCUGGAGGUCCAAGAAGCCAACGGUGACCUUGUGCCGAGAGGCAGUGCGCUGGAACCGCAGGCAUCGUCCACGGAACUGCAAGCUGCAGGCCGGGAAGAACGCUCGCCCCGCCGCUGUGUCCGUCUCCUGGAGUCCUGCCUCGGGCACCAGGUCCCCUGCUGCGACCCCUGCGCCACCUGCUACUGCCGCUUCUUCAACGCUUUCUGCUACUGCAGGAAAAUCAGCACCAGCUUCCCCUGUGGCAAGAACUAGCGCCCAUGCCACGGGGCUGCCCGCUCCUUGCCAGCGCCUGCCACCUCCUCCUCUGCAGCUCUAAUAAACCACGUUAGCAAAAGCCA